AUGGGCAAACCCCAUUCCACCCUCCAGCCUCCUUCUUCGAAGAACUCAUCAAGAUUAGCGCUAUACCAGACUCUGAACAACACCUUCGCGUCGAUCCAAUCGCCGCCGUCGACUACUGCUACCAACCCGAUUCCCGCCGAUAACAUAUUCGUUCCCAUUCAACAGGAUAACAUCCUUCCGCAGAUCCCCAUCGGAAAUCACCAUCCCGUCCCGCGGAAAGGAAUCGAAGAUAAUGAUACUCGAACACUACACACGAACAAGUUCUAUGCCAACGCCUUCCUAGGCGAGCAGAACCAACCGGUCUGGACGCACCCAUAUUCGAUAUGGUGGGGAAAGGGAGGUAAAGAGCUCGGGUACUUUCCGACCUGGGGCAUGAAUGUAGCAUUUGUUCACGCGGCAGACGUAGUGUUCGGAGAGGGUGAUCCCGCCAGAACGUACAUCAACCCCAAGAAGCAAUCGAUCAUCCUCUCUGCCCAGGAAUUUGAUCAAGACACCAUUCUCACCACAGACACGAUUCUUCCUUUCUCGGUCAAUAUCAAUCUGAAGCGCGGCAGGGCGGUGGAUUCGCCGAGGAUGACGUUCCCUGCCGUUCAAGGAAUGAGCUUCGUAACCGCCCGCUACAGAAACGCUACGCCGAUGAUCCACACUGCUCCCAACGGCUUCACUGAAGUUAGCUUUCCGAUUACGAUUGGAAAAUCAAUGAAAUACCGCGUCAAGGAUACCGAUGGCAGAAAUUGGGUUAUAUACGUCAACCCUAUACCGAACUUGAGCCAUGAUGUCUGGAGAUUUACCAAGGUUAGCAACAACACACUGAUAGGACGCAGCGGCUUCAGGGGCACCAUCCAAGUAGCGAAGAACCCACUCGGUUCAGAAGGAGAGUCUCUCUACGACAAGGCCUUUGGGACCUACGUCACCGAAGCCCAGCUCGUCGCCACCGUCAACGAGACCCGGGGAAGCUACUCGCUCAACUACAAGAAGAGCGGGGGCGCGCCUCUCCUGAUGUUCGCCCUUCCCCAUCACAUCCAAUCGCUCGACCCAGAGCUCAAGAACCACGUCACGAGACUGAAGCUGCGCACCACGACCAAGGGAAUAGCCACGGCAGUCUGGGGCGACAGACUCACUUUCAUCGAGCCCAACCUCCCCACCAGCAUGGGCUUCGCGCCCUGGACACCCACGCUCGGCGCCUCGAAGAUCCGCUACCCGCCCGAUACCCUCGCCUUCCUCACCGCGGUCGCCGAGCGCGAUCUCCGCCGCGCAAUGACGGACGACAUACCGCAAGACUCGCUGUACGCCGCGGGCAAAUCGCUCGCCAAGUUCGCAACCAUCGUCUGGGUGCUCAAGGAGCUGCUCAACAACCCCGUGCUCGCGCACACGGGGCUCGGAAAACUGCAGGCCGAAAUGGCGCGAUACAUCGCGAACCGCCAGAGACACGCCCUCUACUACGACGACGCCUGGAAAGGCCUCGUCUCCUGCGCAGGCUUCCCCGCCGACCCCGCCGCCGACGGCGCCAAUACGUACUACACCGACCACCACAUCCACUACGCCUACUUCGUCUACGUGGCCGCCGUCAUCGGCUACCUGGACGCGGACUGGCUGGCGCAGGGCGACAACAGGGCGUGGACGAAUAUGCUGGUCAAGGACUUCGCGGAGAGCGCGUACGCGGGCAGAGACUAUCCGUUCAGCAGGUGCUUUGACUGGUGGCAUGGACAUAGUUGGGCGACGGGGCUGUUUGAGAGCGCGGACGGGAAGGAUGCGGAGAGGUCGGGCGAGGAUGGGUGGGCGAGCUUUGCGGUGAAGAUGUGGGGGCGGGUGAGUGGGGAUGGGGAUAUGGAGAAGCGAGCCAUCCAAGCCCGCGCCUGCAACGCGUACUUCUACCUCCUGCCCACCAAUACAAACCACCCCCCGCGCUUCAUCAGCAACUCCGUAACAGGCAGACUUUUCGAAAACAAAGUCGACUACGCUACCCCCCUCACCACCGUCCCCACCUCGCCCCUCCCCAUCCACAUCCACGCCGCACACAUGCACCCCAUCUCGCCCGCAACCGCCUACCUACGCCCGCGCGCCUUCGUGCGCGCAGAAUGGGACCGGCACUUCUCCUCCUCCAACUCGGCGCUUGUCGACGCCUCUCUUCCCGACGACAGCGGCGGAUGGCGCGGGAUCCUGUACGCGAAUCUCGCGCUCGCCGACGCGAAGGCCAGCUACAGCUUUUUCAGAAACGGGGUUGCGGGGGUGUGGGACGAGCGGUGGGUUGAUGGCGGGGGCGCGUCGCGGACGUGGUAUUUGGCUUGGGCGGGGGCGUUUGUUGGAGGGCGGUGA